CUAAAAUACUUUUCAGUUAAAAAUGUAUUACAAGUAUGUACUGAUGCAAUUUAUACAACAAUAAUUCCUGAAACUAUUUUAGAUGAGAGUAAAUUUAAGAUCAAUUUUGAUAAAAAGCUCUUUGCUAAUGCAAAAAAUGAUAUAGAGUUAGAAGAGGUUCAAAAAAGAUAUAAUGCGGAACGUAAGAAAAAGCCAGAUUAUAUCUAUCACAAAGAAGCAUCAUCCUGGACUAUUAAUUAUAAAGGUAUAUUAGAGUUUCCUCCAAGCGAAGUACCAUCUCUUUCUACUAAUCCAAAAUUAAUUACAUUGCAAAAACCAUACUUAAUUGGCCAGGAAGAAACAAACUUGCUUGCUAAGUAUCAUAGAAAGCAAAAUCCAGGCUUAAUAGCCAUGACAUAUCAUAAGUAUUUCCAUUUGGGUACAACUGCAAUUGAUGAGUAG